GUGUGAAUAAUGCAGUAUCGAUACGAGGAUGCGCAACCUCUUUGUUAUAGCGUUCCAGGCAGAAUGAGUGGAGUAAGACGCCAUGUAUAUCAAGCAGGCUGCUUCUCCCGAUUGAAUAGACUCAUCAUCACUACCAACCAGACAAAACAAAGACAUCUUUCGUCUAUCUCGAGAGCAAAAGUCUCCUAUAUUCCUUUCAUCACAUAAUUAACCUCCAGGAUGAGAACAUCACUGGCUCUCCUGGCUCUGGCAGCCACAGCCUUCGCCAUUCCCCAAGCGGUCACAAAAGAUAUUGCACCCAAGGGUAAGGCACCCAAGGGCUGCACCACUUCAUAUGAUGGUCAAUUUGAAGUCACAAUCUUCAAGCCUGGCAACGAGAAGCGCGAUGUCACCGAGCGGUCAUGCAAUGGUGAAGGCGUUCUAGUCUUGAACCUCGACGAUGGCGUUCUCAAGGAUGCUCAAGGACGAACUGGUUACAUUUCGGAGAGUUACCAGUUCCAAUUCGACAAGCCCGUUCAAGCUGGCGCAAUCUACACAUCCGGUUUCUCAGUCUGUUCCAACGGCACCCUCGCCUUCGGAUCCUCCGCAAUCUUCUGGCAAUGUCAAUCCGGCGACUUCUACAACCUCUACGACCGCAACUGGGCUGAGCAAUGUGAGCCUGUUGAGUUCGGCGUCAUGCCCUGUGGCAAGAGUAAGAAUGCCAAGUCCGCCCCAAAGAAGAGAAUCGUGGGAAGCAGUGUUGUCGCAACUACUGUUGUAACUGUCGUUUCCGAUGGCACGACAAAGGAGGUCCCCACUACUAUUGCUGUACCCAUGUGUCAGAUUGGCGAUGGACAGGUUCAGGUCCGCACGACGCCUUGUGAUGAUAUGGAGAUCCCUAUCAUUACUGCUGCCCCUGUCAGUCAAGUCUCGGAUGGCAAGCUUCAGGUCCCUACUACAGCUCCUCCCGCGCCUCCCGCAGUUCAGAAGCCUGCUAAGCCUGCGGAUGACACGCCUGCUGAGGGUACUGGCGGCGAUGCUGGAGAUAAGCCCAAGCCUGCUGAGGAGUCGAAGCCCGGUGCUUCUCCUGCUGGGAACGCUGCGCCCGACAAUACAGGUGCGGCUCAGGCUGAUAAGUCCGCUGGAGAUGAGCCUUCUGCUACAGACGCCCGACGCAAGUCAAAGGCUACCAAGACCGAUGAUGAAGUGCUGGUCACUGACUCUGGGGUCCCCUCCGACACUGAGACCGAGGAAGCUGGUUCUUCUCGAAGCACACUUGCUGUCAAGCCAUUCAAACCUCAGACGACCGAGAGUGAUGACUCUGGGGAGACUGGAAGCAGCUCCAGCACCGGCUCAGAUGACGCUGCGUCUACCGGUGCGGCUCAGUCUGAUGCUUUCAAGAUUGCCGCAAGCUUGGGCAUGGCUAUUGUAUCGGGCCUGUUUGGAUCUCUGUUGAUUCUGUAAAUGAUGAAGGGACUGGGAUGAUUGAUUGAAGUUAUGAUUGUAUAUGUUUUCUCGCAUAAAUGUGGUGUUCUGGUUUUCGCAUGUCGGAGGUUUUGGGUUAGUGAAUUUAGACAUCUAUUAACAAACAGUCAAUAGCACAAUAGACAUGGAAUCAUAAAGCUAAACGUACACAAACCUAGAUAUUCAAUUGCCUCU